UAACUUUGUCAUAAAACAGAGUUGACUUUGUAACCAGUUUUUACAACCUUAAGAAAGAAUGAUGAAAUGAAUUAUGAAUUGAGAAAAGUUUUGUUUCGGUCGGUUUUCUGCGAUGAUCGAGAAAGAGAAGAAAAAUCGUUGUUUUGAGGAUGUUCAGAAAUGGAUAAAAGGUCUCUCAGAUGGAACUUAUGGUAAUCAGAUAGAGACUUCCACCACAAAGGGUCUUCGGCUUGUAAAAGCACACAAAGGUUUUCUUCUUUGUGACAUGAUCAUACACACUGGCUUGUUGGAUGAAAGUGGAAACUGGCAUGUGAGUGCAAUAGCAACAUUAGUAGACAUGGUUGGAAGUGUUGCACCCUACACACUUAACCAAUGUCACCAUGUCACUCUUGACUUAAAUAUCUCAUACUUCUCAAUGGCAAAGGUUCAGGAAGAGGUUGAAAUAGAAGCAAAGGUUGUUGGAAAGAAGGAUGAUUUAACUUCAGUGAUUGUGGAAGUCAGAAAAAAGAAGAAUGCAGAAUUGGUUGCUCUAGGAAAAUUGUGGAUGGCAGUAUCUACAAAGAAUGCAAAACACCAAGCUAGUAAACUCUAACCAAUGUUUCCUUUACAUUUUUUUUGUUAAUGCAGAUUCUGCUUUUCUUCUACCAUGUGAAAGUAAACUGUUUCAAUCAAAAGUGACAUGUUGUAGCUGUUUCAUUGAUACUCCUUCUAUUAAAGUAGAAAUUACUUCUAAA